UAGAAACGAACGAAGAGAGAACGGAACGACCAACGAGAGCGACGCACAUUGCACUGAAGCGACCAACAUGGACACGCAAGCCAGUGUAAGAUUUUCUGCACAACAACAACCAGAAAACAGCUCCGUGCUUCGGCCGUGCUGGAAUAUCCAACUUCGAACUUUGCCCAGCGCCUACUACGUUCGACUGUGUUCAUGCUUGUUUAUUCGGCUGGUUUAUGAAGGAUUGAUUUCGCAGACAGUUACGGGCGCUAGUAGUGUCUCGGGGAACUCCACUCCAUUCCGGACGCUCACGACGCCAGGUGGAGGCAUCUCAGCGAAGAUGUUUUCUAUACUUCGGCGAUGGAUGAAGGAGAAGCUUUAUCCAAGCAAGCAAAAAUACGUGCCAGAAGUGCCCAACUACAGUUCAGGGACGCAGCCGCCAGACCUUACCGCACAUACGCACGUACCCAUUGGUCUUACUCGGGAUCCGACGUGCAACAUGAGCGCUUUUGUGCGGCUGCUUCGCGAAUGCUGGAAGGCUGCAUCCGUCUACUCCACGAAACCUGAUGGGCAGUGCUCGGGUGUCAAAGGUCCGACACAAAUGGACCCUUGUGCAUGCACAUUGGGAUUAAAGUCAAUCAGGGAAGUCGUUUUCUGGAUUCACCUUCGUUUCGAAGAACACCACGAACCUAUUAUUCACGACUGAAGGUAAAUUCCUUGUUUCGGCGCUGUGUGAUAAGGAUCCAGACGGCGACGAGCUGUUCCGAUGAUGAGAGAGCCCAAGAGCGCGUCAGUGCGGAGCUCGAUUCCCAAUUCUCACGGUGCCCUAACCCACCGAACAGAAGAAGCCUUCCAGAAGUGCGUCGGAACUCUACGUCUUCCAAGUGCUCCAUCCCUGGUCUUUCCACCGUUGUUGUCGCCUCGUUUUGCAUCAUUUUUGUGCCACAUUAAAUGAGUGAUGUGCCAUACACGAA